AUGACCAAUCUGCACCUCUGGGGUCCCUGGCUGAGGACCAGACAGGGUAGGGGGCUGGGACAGGAAGAGGAUACCUUGAGGGCGAGGGCAGAUGAGCGGUGUCCCCGGGAAGGCGGCAGAGAAGACAGGUUGGCCAUCCCGGUGGAACUACGCCCGGGAAGGCAGUGGAGGAAGCGAGAGAUCCCAGAACUGCUGGAAGCUCCAGAGCUACCCAGGGGGGCGGGGUGGGGUGCACAUAUCCCGCCCGCCGUCUGCCGGGCCUGCCUGGAGCUGCUGCAGGGGGCGGAGGCCGAGGUCAGACUCCUGCGCCAAGGGCGCCAGCCCCUCCUAGCUGCGGCGCAGGGGUCUCGGGCGAUGCUCCACGGAACGCUCAUUUACAGGUCACCCUCGUGCGCGGGAGCGGAGGGCACCGGGGCUCGCACCGCAUCCUGCCAUCCCCGGCCGGGGUCCGACAACGACCUCGGCGACCCGCCCUGCCCACUUACCAUGCUGGCGCCGAGGAUCUCAGGGCGCGCUGCAGUCCCCAGCUCGGUCUCGAACCUUUCCCCUCGCAGGCUCUUCGGGCAGGCGCGGGAGCCGGAUCGGCGGGCAGAGGACGCGCUGGGCGACACUCUUCUCCUGGCCCCAGAGGCGGAGGGAAAACCCGGCCUGACUCACCCGCGCGGCGCGAGCCCCAGAGCCCGGCCCGGCCCCCGGAUGUGGGGGGCGGACACCGACGCCGCCCCCGAGCGACCUGAGCCCCGCCCCGGCUCGGGGGUGCAGCGGGGCGAUCCCCCGGGUGCCGCGCUCGCUCGCGUGCAGCAGCUCCGCAGACCCGGACCCGGCCCUGGCCGAGGCUCCGGAGCGCGCGCCUCCCCGCUGCUCCUCCUCCUCCUCCUCCAGCUCCGGGCCUCGCCCGCCUCUCCCGGUUUCCUUCCAGAACCAGCUUCCAAACUGGCGCGCUGGGGUGGGGCGGUCAAGUCUCUGCGCCUCACCGCCUCUUUUCCAGGGCUGGCAGUGGAGAGGGAUGGUGGUUGUGUCUCAGGCAUCAUAGGCACCUCCCCUCUGGAGCCCAGAGGUGUCAAGAAUGAACACGGAGAGAGGGUGGAGGCUCCUGGUUGAACAGAACACUCCGAGCUGGCCUCAGACCUAUGGAUUUGGCAUGCAAGCCACGCUGUUCAAAUGCCAAGGAGUGAGCACUCGGGGCACCAGGCCAGGGCUGAAGAGAAACCAGAUUCCUUGGGUGUACCUAUUUCCUGGAUUCGCUGGCCUUGGACAGUUUAACUUCCUUCAGUUAUCUGCUGCCUGUCAGUGCCCAAGACGGUUGGGUCCUAGGGCUCCCCAUGGGGAGUAGGCGUUUAUCCCAUCUCCAGCUGCCACCUCGGCCCUGUCACCUCUCUUCUUGACAGUUGCAACAGCCCUCUGAGGCUCCUCUUCACUGCCCCAGAGGAACUGUCUAGCCCACACAUUUGUUUCCUCCGCAGCCCGAGAGGUAGACUCUCAGCCUCAAGAUUGGUCUUGCCACUCCUUCAGGCGGAGAUGGGUGAUGGCUGCCAUCACCCAUGUCCCCGGACCCGCCUCAGUCUCCUCCGCUGUAAUUGGCUGGUUUGGGGGUCCCCCCACUAUCUUCAAGGUCUCUCUGCCCACCCUCAACAAGUAAUUGAUCAUACCGCCUCCGCUCUCAGCCUGUUCCUUUUCCCAGCUGCCCUUUUGCCGAGUGCCAGCCCUGAGCACAUGGGGACUGGUGCCCAGUCCAGAGUCCUCCAAGGUCUUGAAGGGGCUUGGGAAAUGCCACCCCAACAUAUUACAGUGACUGUGCCGGCGUCUUUGAACUGAGGCCUGGGGAGCAGCAAGAGGGGAGCCUCCUGACCCAGUGAACAAGCUGGAUAGCCCUGUUUUUAGUUUCUGACACGGGGUCUGUUAUCUAGCCCAAGUUGACCUGGAACUCACAACCCUGCCUCUAUAGUGCUGCAAGUACAGGUGUGAGCCACCAUGUCCGGCUUCUGUAUCUAACAAGACAACCUUUAUUCACCACGAAGCUCCUCCAUUCACCUUCCUAAAUUUGCCCAUACCCAUCCUUCCAUCCCAGGAGCCGAGAGCCCGUAUUCUUUUCUGUAGCACCAACUGUAAGGAUAUACAGUUUUUCUCCGUUUGUUUGUUUGUUUGUUUGA